AUGGAUACUGGACAGCACAUCCCUCUCUCGGUCCGCUUAGAUGUCACUCAAGCAUCCACAUCACGCACACCUAAAGUGACUGCACAUGUGAUGCCAUUUUCUGUCGAAUACACAGGCCCUGCCCCUGUCGACACAUACUUUCUUCUUCGUUCGCCCGCAAAUGGCGAGCCAGUGGAUGCUAAUACCGCAACAGAGGCUGUAUCUGCAUUUCGUGGGAGGAAAAUGCAUGGAAGUCGAUUCGCAUUACCCACUUCGUACAAUGCAGCUUUGUUUCGUAUGCAAGAAGAAGUUUUCCCUUUGGAAUCGGAAAACAAGGUCACACACAAGCCAGGGCGCCCGAAGGUAUCAGUAUCGAACAGCAUUGCACCCCCACAGCCUGUUCAUGGCGCUCGGUUUUUGUUGGACGAGGAUGAAGAGGAAGAAACAAUGGAUGCAUUCACGUUUGAGACAGGGCACGACACCCCGACAGAUUUGCAUGAGGCAAAUGACUUGUCCAUCAACACAUCCGAGCCGGAACGAGCCUAUGCGAGACAUUGUUUGAAACCAAAAGUUUAUGCGGGCAAGUCUAUUUGGAUCUGGGGCCCUGAUGGGCCUAUCGACGCCGGCGAUGACGUUUAUAUGCGUACAUGCAGAGAAUGGAUUUCUGCAAUUGCACCAGCAGUACGUAUUUCCAUGGCAAACGACUAA